CCUCCAUGUGUGGAGAGGAAACCGCCCACUGCACCCACAGUCCGAGGGCAGGCGGUAGGUCAGGAGCUUCUUGGAGCCAGCGUUAGAGCCUGUCGCCAAUCCUGCAGGAACAGUGAGCACAAAGGAAAAGGAACCAGCCCGGAGCAGGACCUGUGGGGAACAGGAAGAGCUCUGCCUGUGUGAAGCUGGCUGAGUGAGCAGCUGCGUUCUAGGGGAGAACACAGUUACCUGUAGGAACCAGGUGGGCGACCUGAAGAGGUAGAAUUUGAAUUGGACGUUGAAGCACAGACAGGACUCAGGCAGAAAUGUGUGGUGGGAUGAAUGGUCCACAAGGGAAUCAUGAGAGGACAGAAGACAGCAAGAGAUGAAGAAAACGCCUAUGGCAUCCAGGGGACCCGGGUGCCAGGAUAUGUGCUUUCAGGUUCGGGAGCUUACAGAUCAUUGGUGCUCACAGGUUUAGAAGCCCGCGAGUCUGCCCUGCAGGAGCCCAGGCUGCGGCUCCUCCUGGCCGGGAGGUCAGGGACUGGGAAAAGCGCCACGGGAAACAGCAUCCUGGGCCAGAAGCGCUUCCUCUCCAGGCUCGGGGCGACGUCGGUGACCCGGACCUGCGCCACGGGCAGCUUCAGGUGGGCCAAGUGGGACGUGGAAAUCAUUGACACCCCGGACCUCUUCAGCUCCAAAGUCUCCCAGACAGACCCGGGCUGCGCGGAGAGAGGCCGCUGCUACCUGCUCUCGGCGCCGGGGCCCCACGCCCUGCUCCUGGUGACCCAGCUGGGCCGCUUCACGGCCCAGGACCAGCAGGCCUGGAGUGGGGUGAAGGCGCUGUUCGGGGACGGCAUCGUGACGCGCACCAUCGUGGUCUUCACCCGCGAGGAAGACCUGGCUGGGGGCUCGCUGCAGCAUUACGUGCGCGACACCGAGAACCACGCGCUCAGGGAGCUGGUGGCCGAGUGUGGGGACCGCUUCUGCGCCUUCGACAACCGAGCCGCCGGCGGGAAGCGGGAGGCGCAGGUGAUGGCGCUGAUGGGGCUGGUGGAGGAGCUGGUGAGGCACCACGGCGGCGCUCCCUACACCAACGACCUGUACAGCCUGGCGCAGGCCCUGGGGGGCGCGGACCCCGCGGAGAGGCUGCGCAGGGUGGCGGAGCGAGUGGCCUUCUGCGAGCAGAGGCGGCGGGAGCGCUGGCCGCUGACCUGGCUGUGGUGGCCCAAGGCGCGGGGGAACUGGCGUAAGCUGGGCGUGUGCACCCUAAUGGGCGCCCUGGUCCUGCUCUACCUGCUCUACAGGCACCGGCCAGAGGCCGUGACAGGGUGAUAUUCAGUUUUGCAGGUAACCUGGCAAGAAAGGAAAUGAACACUUGGGUCUGAAGGGGGAUUUCAAAGGAAUCAGUUUUCAAGAGUUUCAUAUUUCCUCCAGUAAACAGUUUUAAAAUAAAGUUGUGCCAUUUUAAAACGUC